AUGAAUAUCUCCACCCCGAGCAGCCAGCCAAGGCAACACGAGCCUCCGGACUUGGCUGGAUUCACUACGGGCUCUGUCAUCCGGGGUGUGACCAAGAAGGCCGAUGCCCUUCCCAUGAUCACGGUAAUCGUGGUAAUUUUCGUCCUCUUGGCUGUUGUCAUCAUUGUGCUGGUGCGCUACGGCCCGCAGCUGUGCACGCUGCAGAUCACCCUGUACCACGAGCCCAUGCCGCAGGAUCUGGAGAACGGGGUGCACCUAACAGAUUGGAAGAAACUGGGCUCCAAAAGGAAAAGCAGCACGCAGCCUGCUCAGAACUACCAGGGAGACCCUGGCAGCAAUGACACUGCUGCGCUGAGCGUCCAGUGCUCCUGUAAGCACCAACUGCCCUGCGGCAACCCAGAGCCUAAUGUCAUAGAGAUCACCUACCUGUGA